AUGGAGAGGGAAGAAGAAGACUCGGUGAGCGAGCUUUUGAGAGAUCGAUUCAGAGUCUCCACCAUCUCUAUCGCCGAAGCCGAAGCGAAGAGAAACGACAUGGAAAUAUCGGGACCCGUGAUGACUUGCAUUGCCGAUUUGGCCUUCAAAUUUACUGGAAGUGGGUCUACUUUCGCCAAUGAGGAUCGAAACAAUUCCGGUUAG